UUAAAUCUCCCACAAGAUUGAUUUCGCUGGAGUUGAGGUGCCGUUUGUUCGUUCAGCCGCCACAUCGUUCUCUGAUCCGCCGUCGAUCGUCGGCCACUGACCUACCGUGUGGAGACUACCUUGGCUCCCGUAGCAUAAAUAGGUACGCACAGUGUCUGCCCGUUCUUGCUUCUUGAACAGUUGCAUCUCUUCCUUGCUCGUUCGUUGGCAUCACUCAUUGAGGCUGGUCCGCCGCGGUAGCGCACCUCAAUUUCCACUGCAAUCUGCUGCCACUGACCAUUGCCGCCCUAUCAUCCAACGCCAUCAGGAAUGACUCAAGCUUCUUGACUGUGAGGUUAGUUUUGUUGGUUCUCCAAUGGUGAGCAAUGAGGAGUUGAAGAAAGCUCAGAUUGUUGAGGCUCGUGCGAAGAGCAUUUUCCCUAAUGUUAGGUGCACUGAAUGUGGCAGUCAAUCCAUUGAGGAUUCACAGGCAGAUGUUGCUAUUUUGCUCAGAAAGCUCAUCCGGGAUGGAAUCCGAGAAGGUAAAACUGACAAGGAGGUGUACAAAAGUCUAGUGGAAAGGUUCGGCGAGGAUGUACUUUAUGCUCCUCAUUUCGAUCUACAAACUGCUGCUAUAUGGUUGUCGCUGGUUAUUGUUGCUGGGGUUGCAAUUGGUGGAUGGGCAUAUCGGAGGCUCAGGCAAAAUACCAAUGUCCACGUAAUGGCUCUGAAUCUUGUUCGAGGUGUUCCGUUAACCCCAACAGAGAAGGAAACUAUGCUCGAACUACUAACACCACCGCCAUCUCUUAGAAGAAAGUGGUGGAGUUGAAGGCUUUGGUGUGCUUUCUAUGUUCCUUCACGCUUAGCUAAUCUAUAUACUUUCAUAGUGGACCUUCAUAAGAAGAGCAAACGAACAAAAUGUUGCAAAAGUUCCAAUUUUGUCACUGUUAUGUCGAAAUGUAUCUAGGUCAUGGAUGUUUAGUUGUCGAUUACUCAUAAGUUGAAUGAGAAGCAAUUGGAAGACUGUAUGUUAAGAUCCAA